UUUGAGAUUUGAGAUUUGAGAUUUGUUCCAUCUCUGUUGAAAGGAUGUAAAGAAAGAAAUACAGGGAAGAAGGGGAAAGAAAAACUCUAGCAAUGGUGCAUUCUGUAACCCCUUUUCCAUUACCCAGAUAUGGAAUCGCUCAUGGAAUUGCUCAACUGAAUAUGACGAAUGAAGAAAGUGCAGAUCCAAACCAAGGGAAUGUUUUUUCUUAUUACGCUUAUGUGCAAAAAUCCACAGGCCUGGCUACUAACCCUAGUCCAGAAAACCCGGCCAUAGAAACAUACGGGCCCUACCUUUCGCCCGCUGCAACCGCCACGGUUUACGACCUGAGCCUGAUUUUGCAUUCCAACCGCUAUUUUGUGGGGAAUUUCAGACCACUUGCACGCUGCGUGCUGGCCAUCAUUCAACGUGAGACCGCUAAGGGUUUGCCCGCCGACCUGCCGCUGUUAAUUGCGUACGGAAGUUGUUUAGUUGAUGCCCUUGCUACGUAUAUUGGCUUGAAUGAGAUUGAGAUGUCUCGGCUUUGGAGUUUUAUCGAGAACACGUUUUUUAUGAUGGGGCAAUCGUUUCAGAAUGAUUUCAAUGAACACGGGCAGAAACAUUUGGAGUUGCUGAGUUGCCUUCGCAACCAAGUUCUGGAGGCUUACGUGGAGCAAACAUGGCCGGAUGAUGUGUGGCCUGAGUUUCGAUCCUGGGUCCGUGGUGAAAAUAUUGUUUCGUCUGGCCUGCGGCCACCAUGCUUUCAGGUUCUGAUAGGGGCGAAAGCAAUCGAAGAGCAGGAGAAUGUAGCCCUACCAGAUAAACAAUUGGUGGAAUUCAAAUCGAGUUAUGCAGCGAAUCUGUGCGCCAUGGUGGAGGACCAGCUAGGAAAACUCCGGGUGCCAGGCAUUUUCACCAAGCAUGGAUUCUUCAUCAAAAUGAUCGUCUUCGUCCUUCACCGCCAUUUCGACAAGAGGGAUCUAGACAUAAAACCCUCUCACAGGCCCCUUUUGUUUGCCCGAUACGCCGGUCACAUAGCGGAUGCUCUCAGGAACAGCAUCCUCUACAAUGGCUAUUUCCAGAUACGAGAAAAAUCAUAUCCUAUAGUGCUGCAAUAUUCCUCAGAUGUUUACAUUGACGGGCUCUGCGGGUCCCCUCGGGCAUUUGCCAUGGUGGAUGCCUUAGACGAGAUUGUGGAGGCGUACAAUAGCCGACAGUGGCCAGUAGACGUGUGGUGUACAUUGCUGGACGAUAUCAACAACUCAAACCCUAAUUUCGGCUCAAAACCUAAUUUUGAGUCCGGAUCUCUUGUGAAUAUGUAUGAAAAUAGCUGUGGCGGAAAUCGAACCCUGUGUACGGACGUGCAGAUGCUUAUGCCGGAGAUUGAAUCCUGGACCAGUGAAGAAGAUGAGGUUUAUGAAGCCUCAGGCGGUGAAGAAAUCGAGGAUUAUGAAGAGGAAGAGAAUCUUAAUGACUGUUAUCAGAAGACGAAACAAUGUUUUAAUUGUUUGGGGCCUUCAUCGGUUAGUUACACAUUCAGGUGGCUCUGUCAGAGCGAUCACACAGUGGAAGGAUUGAGGGAGGAGACGUUUGGGCCGUUUUCUGUUAUGAGUGGAGACUGUGCGUCGAGAAUUCAUGACGAAGUGAAAAAGAUUUUUCCGUUUGCUACUGCAUUUCAGAGCGUUCGCCGUGAUCCCUUUUCUAGGGCACCCAAUUUUGUUGUAGGAGCAUGUUUGCAUUAUAAGAAUCCUCAAGUUGUUCCCAUGGAGUACCGGGAUGGCCAGUGGUUCCCCACCGGGCAGGGGAUUCCUAUGGAUUUAAAUGGCGAGGAAGGAGAUGGUGGAAUUUGAUGGAUUUCAGUCAUUGUUUGUACUUAAUUCUCAGAAUCGUGGAAGAUCUGAAACGUUUCUUUUUGGUCUCUGAAACUUACUUGCAUGGGUUGGAUUUCAGGAGUUUUUGAGCCACUGUAAUGAAGUGGAAUUUGAUAGGUUUUUAUAUCCUUUUGGUUGAGGUUUGUAUUUUCCCUGCUAUUCCAAGAAUCAAAUCAUAAAGGUUUGGGUAUAGUCUUUUUUCAAAGAAUACAAACCUGCAACAAGAUUUAGAAAUCAAUGACUAAAGAGUUUAGGUUUUGAUA